AUGGAGAAUCUUAUCUCCACUAACACCAGUAAACCAGUGAGCUACCCUUCAACAUCUACUAAUUCUUCACCAGAAGAAGACAGCAUACCGAAUCCUUUUCAGUUUCAUCCUAUAGACCAGGCUGGUCAGUACUCAGCCUCAGCAUUUUCUUUGUAUCAUCCUCUCUGGAAUGUGAGUGAGAUUCAAAGGCCGCGGGUUUUGCAGCCAAAUGGGGCGUCAGAAAGGAGAGUUGUUGAUGCAUAUACGACUAAAGUUGCUCGAAAUAAGCGAAAGCUGGCUCGCCAAAGGACCCUUACCAAGCAUUCUAAUUCUGCUGCUCAUUCACUUCUCGAUGCCCGGAGAUUGACCUUCAAUCUGCAAUCUGGCCAGAGUAGUAUCAAUAGAGAUCUUUAUAAAUUCUGCACCCCCGACAACAAGAAACUAAGGUUGUUGCUGAGAAAGGAAUUAAAAACAAGUGAUGUUGGGUCUCUUGGGAGGAUUAUUCUUCCAAAGAGAGAAGCAGAGGAAAAUCUGCCUGUUCUGUCUGAUAAAGAAGGAAUUUUAGUUUCAAUCAGAGAUGUGAACUCUAACAAAGAAUGGAGCUUGAAGUUCAAGUAUUGGUCUAACAACAAAAGUAGAAUGUAUGUUCUUGAAAACACAGGAGAAUUCGUAAAGCAAAAUGGGAUGGGGAUCGGCGAUUCCCUUACACUCUACGAGGAUGAGAACAAGAAACUCUAUUUCUCCGUCGAGAAGGCCGAAAAACAAAAAUCAGACGAACAACACUCCAUGAAUCAUAACUACAUAUACAUACCGCAUACAUACCAAGCUAGAGAAGAAGAAGAAGCAUCAUUGGAACUACUGAUUGAACAGCUAAAACAUGAAGAACAGCAAGAAGAAGUUGUGAGUUUAUCCAUGGACAUUGCUCCCUCUUACAGACACAAAGACGAGGACAAGAAUUUCGGUCCGUUCAACAACUUCACCAGCAUUAGUAUAUACCCCCAGCCAGUGGUUGCAGCCAUCGCGCCGAUGCAGCCCUCAUCUUCAGCACAUGGCUCAAUGCGAGUGGUCGAUGACCAUUACGUUGAUGACUUCUAUACUGGCCUUGAUCUUCUUCCUGAUGCUUAUAGGUACAAAUUUUAAUUUGAUCAAAGACUAGGGGAUGAGAUAACUUGAAGCUCAAGCUACCUAGAUGUUUUUUUUGGCUUUCUAGUGUAUACUGAUACCUGAUUGUUUCUGAACAUGGAUUUGUUUUGUAA